AUGGAGACAGCUGAUUCCGAAAAUAUAUCGACCAUAAUCGAGAAGGCUGACUCUAAGAUAAGUGGGAAAAAGCGCAAAAAGAAAGGUGCUAAAAAUCCAAAUAUUGCCUCGAGUAAAUGUGAAUCUGAAAAGUCAUCCAUGUCAAAUGUAACACAACCUUCAGUAUCUUUCUCCAAGAACAAAGAAGACAAAAAUUAUUCUGUUACAUCUGAAAGCAAUUUAAAAAAUUUAGAAUCUAAAAUAUUGCCAGAUUUAUCAGGGAAAACAAAAACUGAACUCGUUUCGAAAAUUAAAAAGGAUCCGUCUAAAGUUGCUGGUGGACUAGUUGAUGAUUCAACUAAGACAAUUAGCAAAUCAGGAUCAGUAUUAUACACAAAAACGAGAUCGUUACUGACUGGAGAUGUCGUUGCACAAAAAUCCGAGAACGAUAAAGAUAUUAAUGUUUCCCCUACUGUUAAAUCCUCGGAAACUGCAAUUAAAUCCAUGUCAGCAUCUUCAAAAGCUGCAGUAACUGCAAUAGGGGAUAUCGACCUCGGAGGAUUACAUUCUAGUACAACAAGUGAAGCACCGAAAAGUCAAGUCUCCUUAAAACAGGAUGGUAACAAAGAUGGUAAUGUUUCGAUUCAAUUUAACAAGGCAGAAAAUCAACCUAAAUCACUAAAAGCACCAUCUAAGUCCAUCGAAACCUCAAAGGUCGAUAAUACAGUAAGCACAGAAGGCAGUUUGGAAAUUACAAUGCAAAAUACAGACACAGCUGAUUCCGAAAUUAAAUCGACCAUAAUCGACAAGACUGACUCUAAGACAAUCGGGAAAAAACGCAAAAAGAAAGGUAUUAAAAAUCCAAAUAUUUCCUCGAGUAAAGAUGAAUCUGACAAGUCAUCGAUGUCAAAUGUAACACAUCCUUCGGUAUCAUUGUCCAAGAAGGAAGAAGUAAAGAGUUAUUCAAAAUCAACUGAAGGCGAUUCAAAAGAUUUAGAACCUAAAAUAUUUCCAGACAUAUCUAAGAAAACAAAAACUGAACAAGGUUCAAAAAUUAAAAAGGACCAAUCUAAAGUUAGUAGUGUACAAGUUGAUGAUUCGAAUAAGAAAAUUAAUAAAUCGGGUUCAGUACUCUACACAAAAACGGGAUCGUUGCAGUCCGGUGAUGUCAUUGUACAAACAUCUGAGACCGAUACAAAUAUUAAUGUGUCCCUUAAUGUUAAAACAUCUGAAUCUGGGACUAAACCAAUUUCGAUAUCUACGAAAAGUGCAGUAGUGUCAGAAAAUGAGAGGAAAGGAGAGGUCAAAGAGGAAACAAAUAAUACUGAUCAGAAUGUAAAACAUGUUGAAUCAGAUGUGUUAAAAUCGUUAAAAACGACCAAACCUGUUGAAACUGAAAUAGAAAUUGAAUCCAACCGGUCAAAUAUAUUGACAGAUCAAAUCAAUGUAGGUGCUAAAGCAAGUGAUGUUACUUCUAUAAGUUUAGGCACUUUGGUUGAGAAGACAAGGCGGUUUGCUGAAAGUGUAUCGCCACCAACACUUGCAUAUUCUAAAACCACGAUAAUUGAGAAGAAGGAAAAUGUCGGAGAAAAAAUACAGAAGUCCAACGAGUCGCCAGACAGCGGUCUCGUCACUCAAGUCAUGAAAGGUGUCAUGGCCAGCACUGGUUCUCCUAGUCAGACUACCGAAGAGGGUUCCUCCGAAUUGAAGUGGACAAAAACUGAUUCUGUAAUUAAGACCGCAUUUUCACCAACUACGCCCUCAAAGGCUUUAUCACUAGAGAAAACUGAAUAUGUCGUGGAAAACGUAGAUCGAGCGGUACAUGAUUCUAAAAUAAAUGAACCAGACAAGUUAGAAAAUCCAUCUAAAACCAAUAAAAAACCAAAUAUUCAUGAUAAUUUACCUGAAUCAACUAAAACAGCUAGUACUGGUGACGGUAGUGUAAAUGAAACUGUCAGUACAACAGAAGUCACUACUCCAAUUGACAGUACUGGUAGAGGUUUCGGUAGUUUGUUCUCUAAAACUUUACAGUUUGCAGGAAGUCUCGUGAUUCCUAAGUACGAGAAAGAAACUGACGAUUCCUCUGUUAUGAACAUCAAAGCAGAUAUCGAUAAAAAUUUCCCAAAACAAGAGGUGAUGAUUAAAACCGAGUGUACAGAAUUCGGAGAAAACUCAAAGGUUACAUCACAAGAAAUUAAAAAAGAAGGACAUGAAAGUGUUUCAGCAUCAUCAGAAAAAAUACUAAAAGAUGUUACAGUUACGGAAGUCGAACAAUUACUAUCAAAAACCGGUAUAGAUGAAGUCAAUCGGAAUAAGAAUAUGACACAAAUAUUAACAGAGUUCAUUCAAUCAGAGCAAGGAAAGUCGCCAAAGCAGGGUUUAACUAAAAGUGAAGUGAGAGUUGUUGAUUUAGGUGACGAACGUUGUACUAGUGUAGACAGGUCAUUACAAACAUCACUGCAGUUCAAAGUGAGUGGAGUGGAACUGAAUCCUGAAAUACAGGACGUUGAUGUGUCGACUGACACUAUAAGGACAUCUAGUUUGGCUCACCCAUCAGCCACCAGUGAUACGUCAGCUGUUCAGGAGGAUAAAUAUCAGAAUGUAAAACAUGUUGAAUCAGAUGCGUUAAAAUCGUUAAAAACGACCAAACCUGUUAAAACUGAGAUAGAAAUUGAAUCCAAUAGGUCAAAUAUAUUGGCAGACCAAAUCAAUGUAGGUGCUAAAGCAAGUGAUGUUACUUCUAUAAGUUUAGGCACUUUGGUUGAGAGGACAAGGCAGUUUGCUGAAAGUGUAUCGCCACCAACACUUGCAUAUUCUAAAACCACAAUAAUUGAGAAGAAGGAAAAUGUCGGAGAAAAAUUACAGAGUCUUGACGAGUCGCCAGACAGCGGUCUCCUCAGUCAAGUCAUGGAAGGUGUAGUGGCCGGUAUUCGUUCCCCCAGCCAGAUUACCGAAGAUGGUUCCUCCGAAGUGAAGUGGACAAAAACUGAUUCUGUAAUUAAGACUGCAUUUUCACCAACUACGCCCUCAAAGGCUUUAUCGCUAGAGAAAACUGAAUAUGCCGUGCAAAACGUAGAUCGAGCGGUGCAUGAUUCUAAAAUAAAUGAACCAGACAAGUUAGAAAAUCCACCUAAAACUAAUGAAAAAGAACAUAUUCAGAAGGACAUACUUGAAUCACGUAAAGCAGGCGUUGUUGAUGAUGGUAGUGUAGAAAAAAUUGUCAGUACCACAGAAGUCACUACUCCAAUUGACAGUACUGGUAAGGGUUACGGUAGUUUGGUCUCUAAAACUUUACAGUUUGCAGGAAGUCUCGUGAUUCCUAAGAACGAGAAAGAAACUGACGAUUCCUCUGUAAUGAUCUUAAAAACAGAAACUGAUAUAAAUUCCCCAACACAAGAGGAGAUGAUACAAACCUACUAUACAGAAGCCGGAGAAACUUCAAAGAUUGCAUCACAAGACAUGAAAAUAGGAAAACCUGAAAUGACACUAACAACUGUUAAAGUUGCGGAGUUUGAACCAAUGUCACCGAAAACAGAUGUAGAUGAAGUCGUUCGGAAAAAGACACAAAUAUUCACAAAGUUUAUUCAAUCAGAGCAAAAAGAAUCAUCAAAUCAGGAUUUAACUCAAAGUGAAGUGACAGUUGUUAAGUUAGGUGACGAACAUAGUACUAGUGUAGACAGUUCUUUGGUUGAGAAGACAAGGCAAUUUACCGAAAGUGUAUCGCCACCAACACUUGCAUAUUCUAAAACCACGAUAAUUGAGAAGAAGGAAAACGUCGGAGAAAAAAUACAGAAGUCCAACGAGUCGCCAGACAGCGGUCUCGUCACUCAAGUCAUGGAAGGUGUCGUGGCCAGCACUGGUUCUCCUAGCCAGAUUACCGAAGAGGGUUCCUCCGAAGUGAAGUGGACAAAAACUGAGUCUGUAACUAAAACCGCAUUUCCACCAACCACACCCUCAAAGUCGUCAUCUCUAGAGAAAACUGAAUAUGUCGUGGAAAACGUAGAUCGAGCGGUUCAUGAUUCUGAAAUAAAUGAAUCAGACAAGUUGAAAAAUCCACCUAAAACUAAUGAAAAAGAAAAUAUUCAGAAGGAAAUACCUGAAUCACGUAAAGCAGGCGUUGUUGAUGACGGUAGUGUAGAAAAAAUUGUCAGUACCACAGAAAUCACUACUCCAAUUGACAGUACUAGUAAGGGUUACGGUAGUUUGGUCUCUAAAACUUUACAGUUUGCAGGAAGUCUCGUGAUUCCUAAGAACGAGAAAGAAACUGACGAUUCCUCUGUAAUGAUCAUCAAAACAGAAACCGAUAUAAAUUCCCCAACACAAGAGGAGAUGAUACAAACCUACUAUACAGAAGCCGGGAAACUUCAAAGAUUGCAUCACAAGACAUGA